AUGAACGACCGCAGGGUGAACCGGGUCGUGCCGAUUCCCGACGGGCCUGUCCAGCAAGCCCAACAAGCUGCUCAAGCAAUAGAGACCGCAUGGCGUGAUGGCGUGCGGCUCCAGCGCUUAGAGCUGCUGCUGCCACUGAUCGGAGCCACUGACCUUGACGAUUGGCCUGGUGGCAUCCGGCAGCAGUUUAAGGCUGCCCAGCCGAUGGUGGAGUCCGUUUUGCGUACCGUCAAGCAGAUAAAAGGACUUCAGGGUCCUCUGGCAGCUAACAUUUGGGACCAGGGCGAUGCGGUUGGAGCGUGGACCGGCAAAAACCUUGCCUGUGUUUUGUUCCCCACUGCGGGGACACUAGACAAGCUGACCCAGCUGUGCAACGGCCCGGAUGCCCCGGAGCUUGUGCUGAUCGUCAACCCCCAGUGGGAGACGCGCGGUAACCUCGUAUCAGACUUCGGGUUCGGACAGCGGAAGGCGGAAGCGGAGCGCUUCAUUAACAGCUUUCAGCCCACGUACUGCCUGAAGCAGCUGCGGGUGUACGGCGACUCUAUUAGGACGCUCAAGGCUCACCCCAACCGGUGGCAAGUCCACGUGGUGGACCGGGGGGGGAGCUCGGACUGCAUCGCCACGAGGGACGAGCAGCCUUCUUACCAGGAGAUUGAGGCCCUCCUGCGCGACAGGCCGGAAUCCAUGAUGAAUAAGUCUAUUUUCGACCGAAUCAAGAUUGAAUUUGCUUUCAACCAGGACUCGCUCAAGCAGCAGCCAUGA